AUGGCGACAGGCGUGAGCUCCCUCCAUAGUUUUGAGGUGAGUACUACAAUAAAGGCCCCCUACUAUCCUGUGCUUCUUCCUUAUCUGCUCCAUGGCUAUGAGAGCUGCAUGGUGCCGUUCCCAUCCAAAUCGAGCAAAGGAAGUAGCAUAUCUACCAACAGCGUCAUCAACUCCGGCGACCCCUACCCGCUACAAGUCUCCGGCGACCUCGACCCGCUGUGCUUAGGCACGGUGGAAACCCCAUCCUCGUCGGUCUCGGUCUUUGGACGGGCUUGGCGUUGCCGUGCCUCCCGUUGGUGCGGCGGCUCGUCAUGGGGGCUCCAGCGGGAGCUCUCCUCCUCACCGACUGGCGGCGAUGGCGUCAUGGUGGUCACGAGAACCACCACGCAGGCGAUGGCAUGGGGGCGGCGGUCUUUCCCCAUCGACUCGCGCUGCUCGCCGCAGAGAAUCCGAGCCGGAGGAUGCGGUCUCACCAGGGGCGACAUAGAAGUGGAAACCAGCUAUUGGUGUUCAGGUUGA